UGAAGAAGAAGAAAGGUCAUGUUCAACAGGUGUGUAGUUUAAUCGGUGCCCUGCCGGAGCCGCUGUUGCGCGCUGUUUCUGCUCGUCUCCUCCUCUUCCUCCUGCAGGGCCUUUCAAAAUCUCAGUGACCGCCCCAUUAUAACAGACAAUGUAGCACACUGACCCGAGCAUUCAGCGGAAAGGCACCACAUUCACAGCUUUAGCUCCAGCAUCAGAUCCAAACACACACAGAUCGGUUCAGUUUGAGCGCGAGCUCCGGAUCAAACUAAUGGACUUAUAGUCGAGUAACGGAGAGAGAGAGAGAGAGAGCGCGCAUCUGUGAACCCGCCGGGAAAGGCUGAUGGAUGGAGCGAGGGACCAGUAUGAGGAACGAUUGAAAGAGGUGUUUGAGAGUUUUGAUGGCAGUGGUUUGGGCUCUCUGAGUCCUGAAGAACUGACCGAUCUCUGCCGGGCCCUUCAGCUGGAGGAGAACACACUGAACACACUCUUACACACACUGCUGGAGGACCAGAUCCGUGCACGGGUUGAUUUUGAACAGUUUAAGGAUUCGCUGAUCCUUGUGUUAUCCAGCACGAACACAAAUGAUCCAGAAGAAUGUCUUGAACGACCAGAUUCCCCAGAAGUCCAGCCACGCUUUGUAAAGGGCAGUAAGCGCUAUGGCCGCCGCUCUGCUCCAGAGUUCAUUCAUACGCAGACUGAUUCACACACACAGGCUGAAGAUGAGGAGCAGAAAGAUGAAGAUGCUCAAGAGAGCGAUGACAGGACUGUACCUAGGAAACGUGAGCGCUGGAAUGCUGACAUAAGCAUUUCUGAAGAGUUUGAAGCAGAAGGUCAGCUGCACCUCUGGAACCCAGAUGAACCCAGCACACCACGUGGCAAUGCAGUGCCACUCUGUGACAUGGAGGAGCGUUUGCAUAACGCUUGCCAUCAGCUCUCUCUACCCAUAAACGGCACGGCCACACUGCAACAGCUACACACACUCUGCCAGCACAUAGGCAUUGAGGUGGGUGAGGAUCAGUUGCAGUGUGCUGAUGAAAACGCAAUGGAUGUACAGGAGUUCAUCUCAUGCAUAAUAAACCACAGCAGACCACCCACACCAUCAGCAUCUACACCCUACAGACAAUUAAAGAGACUCCAUUCCACUCAGUUUGAUGAGUCGGGCCGUAGGAUCUCAUGUGCUUUGAGCAGUACAAUCAAUCUGCGGGUGUUUUCUGAUUUGGAUGAUGGAACGGGACAUGCUCCUGUGGAAACUCUGCUUUACAGGUGGAUGGAAGAGGGAGUGGACAAUAGCUCAGAGAUCUUACAGGCUCUGGAUUUCAAUCUGGAAGGUAAAGUGAAUCUGUCUGAGCUGACCGUUGCAUUAGAGAAUGAGCUGCUGUGCACUAAGAACUCAAUCCACCAGGCGGCGCUAGUGAGCUUUAAGGCAGAAAUCAGACAUCUGCUUGAAUGUGUUGACCUGGAGAGGCGUGAGAAGGAGAGGAUUCGCUUUGAUCUGGACAAAGCAGAGAAACUGAAAUCUCAGCUGGCGUCUGAAGUUGAUGACCACCAUGCUGCCAUUGAGCGCAAUAACGAACUCAACCUCCGGAAGUUGGAGCAGCAAUAUAAAGACAGUAUGACCACUUUGAGGGCAGAGCUUAGUAAAGAGGUGGAGCUUGUGCAGCAGCAGGCCAAUCAGCAACGAGAUGAGCUUGAACUGGAAAUUGGCAAGAUGAGAGAAGAUGAAACCUUCCUACGAGAGCAUCUAUCUCUCACUAUUAAAGAAAAUGGUCGUCUGGAGUCAGAGCUUAUUGAGACCACAGAGAAACUGGUCGAGGCAGAAAACCAGUUGAACAAAGUGCAAAAAAAUCUGGAUGGUGUUUUGAAAGAGAAGUUUGGUGAUUUGGAUCCAGACAGCGCAGAGUUUUACCAGCAGGAGGAGCGUCUGAGACAGCUGCGCAGGAGCUAUGAGCAGCAGUGCAGGAAGUUGCAAGAUCGUAUCGAUGAGCUGGAAGCUCAGCUGGAGGAAUAUCAGACUUCUGGCCACAUAUCCUCAACACUUCCCGGACUGAGCCUGUCUGAUGAACUGGCCAGCAAGAGUCCAGACCCAGGUUUUCAGGAGCAGCAGCCAUUAAACAUGAGUCUAGAGACCGAGAUGUUACUGGAGCAGCACCAACGAGAGAUAGAAAACAUCAGGGCAAUGGUUUAUGAAGAAAAACGCAUUGCAGAGGAGGAGAGGAGUCAUCUCUCCGUGCAGCACCAACAGGAGGUGCAGGUUUUGAGGGAAGAGCUGGCAAGAGAACAAGAGAGCGCGAACAGAUUGGAGCAGGAAAUUUCUGCCCUCAAGACUCUCCACAAAGAGGAGCUACACUCUCUCACGCAGGAGGCGCAGGAUGCCAGAAGCCAUGCAGAACAGCUGGAAGCAAAGGUGCAAGUUUUGGAGGAAAAACAGACUGCCUAUGAGGAGCAGAUCAGAGUACAAGCUGAGGAGGUGAGUCUGAUGGAAUUAAAGCACCAGGAGGUGCUGGAGGCCAAUCUGCAGGAACAGAGAGAAAGACUGCAAGAAGAGAAGGAAAAGGAGAAGAAGAGGCUCAAGGAGCAGUGGAAAGAAGAGCAAAAGAACUAUGAGGAGGUGCUAAGUGCUCAGCUUGAGGAGAUGCAGCAUAGAACAGAACAGGAGUGUGUUGAGCUGGAAAAGAAGCUCAGGGAGGAGUGGGAAUGGGAGAGGCAGGAUUUAGAGGAGAACAGUAAGGAGGCAUUGCAAGCUUUGCUGGAGGAGAGAGAGCGGAGGCUCAAGGAGGAAUGGGAGCGGGAGAGGAGGCUCAGGCAACAGUGGGAUGAGGAGCGGGCUUCGUUAGAGAACAAACAUCACACUUUGCUCCUACAGCGUUUGGAGGAGGAGAGGGAACACCUCCGCUCACAGCAGGAGGAGACAAAGAGCAUUAUAAUGGAGCAUUGGGGGAGAGAGAGGGCUAAGCUGGAGAAACAGCAUGAGGGAGCACUUCAAGCCUGUUUGGAGCAGGAGAGAGAGAGACUGCAAGUAGAGAGGGAGGAGCAGGAGAGGAGGUGGCAGCAGGUGCUGAAUGAGGAGCAGAGCCGGAUGGAGGUGGCACACAGGGAGGCCAUGCAGGAGCUGAGUGCCAAACACAGCGAGGAGAGAGAAAGACUCAGCAGCCUUUUGGAGAAACUACGCUCAGAUAUUGCAGAACAGAGGAGAGAGCUGGAGAAACAAUUCUUUCAGCGAAUUGAAGAGGUGGAAAUCCGUUUCUGUGAUGACCAAGAGGCGGUGUCUGAGCGUUUUCAGGUGGAUGUACAUAAACUCGAACAACAUUACCAAAGUGAGAUUGCAGCCCUUACCCAACAGCGUGUUGCAGAUCGCAUCCACUGGGAGGAGUCGUCAGCGGCAGCCACCAAGGAAGCAGAGCAACAGUGGAACCUGUUGAAGGAGGCGCUGGACCUAGAGAGGGAGGAGUUUAAAAAAGAGCGCCAAAGCCUUGAACUCACACACGCGCAAGAUAUUAAAGCUCUGACAGACAAGAACCUACAGCUUCAGGCCGAGCUGGAGGCUGUUGUCAGUGUUGCUCAAACCAAAGAAAUUGAGCUGAGCCGUCAACUCAAUGAGCUGCACAAGCAUGUGCAGGAUAGGAUGCAGGCCAAAGAUCUGCUGCUGGCACAAGCAGAACACAAAUCCACUGAGCUGGAAGAGAUGUUGAAGCAGGCCGUGGAUGACUUUAUCCAGGAGCGAGCAGAGCUGCGAAGGAGUUUGUCUGCUUUGGAGAGCAGGCGAGGGGAAGUACUUUUAUUCUCUGAAAACGUGGAGCUGGAAUGCAGAAUGCAGGAGGGUGAAGGGCUUCUCUGUCAGGAAUUAAAGGACGAGAGAAAGGCUCUGCUUGCAGAGAGAGAUGCAUUGGCAUUGAGAGUGGUGCAGUUGGAGGAAACUGUGUUGCAUUUGACAGGAACCACUGGAGAACCUUCUACAAAAACUUUUGGGGAGCCUUACAUAGAGUCCUCUGUAGAACCCAAUGGAAAUGACAGUAAAGACACUUGCAAAGAAUCCACAGUACAGCCCUUUGAUGAACUCAGUCCAAAAAGUCAUGAAGUCAGUCCAAAGCACAUCAUAUGUGGGGAGUGUUCUUUAAACAGAGAAGAUGAAGAGGAAUGGCUGCUUGAAGUUACUGACCCAGAUCUUGGAAAUCCACAGCUACACAGAUGCCCAGAGGUCAGAGUUAUAACUUUGAUCUCGUGUUCUGAUGUUAAAUUAAACAUAGCUUAUGUAGAAUCUAACAACAGUGGAACAGAAACCCCUGCUUGUUCUAAAGUAGAGAAGGAAAAGAUUAAGGAGAAUCCUGGAGUGGAUAGUUUUGAAGUUACUGAAUUGAGAAAAGAGCAGAAUGUUAAGAACAAUAGCACAGAGACUCAAAGAGAUGACACUUUGAAGAUGGCCGAGGUUAUUUUGAAUGGCAUAGAAACAGAAGGUCAUUUCUCUGCAGAAUCUAAACCUUCCUAUAACCAGAAGAGCUUGCAACACCAUGAAUCUCCAAGCAAAGAUGACACCCAGGCUGAAUACAAUGGCAAACCAGUUGAACCUGAGAUUGAAGAAAGUCCAGAGGACGGUAUAAGCAUGGCAAUUCUUGAAAAUGAAAUCAGGGCUUUUGUAAAGGAGGUUUGUACCCUAAAAGUUGACACAGAGCAGGACAAAGUGACGGAUCUGAGAGAUGUGUGCAUGCAGGAGAUCCUGGACCUUCAAGAAACAGUAAUGCAGUCUAGGAAAGCUAUAGAAUGCACUAGUUCUCAGUUGCAGAGCCCUAAAUGGCAGGAUCUGGAGAAAGAGAAUAUCACACCUCAAGUACCAAAGCACUUUACGCAAAUCAAAGAUGUGCAACUUGCUGAGAUAAAGGUCUGUUUUGAGCAAAGCAUCCGAGAGAACUUGCAGCUUGUAGAGCACAACAAAAAACUGGAGAGGAGAGUCAAGAGUCUGGAGGGCAAGAUGCACAUAGUCCAGGAUCUCCACAAACAGCUGGCAUCUGUGCUAGAAGAGACUGCACGAGUUCGAAUGGAGAAUUCCAAACCGAAGGUACUUAUCCAGGAACUUGAUAAGCAGGAUAAGGUGCUGCAGUGGGACUCUGACUCUUCCGAUACUUCAAACAACUUAUUCCACAACUCCCAGCUGAAGGAGAAGAUUGCCGCUGUGACAGAGCUUGAAUUCUUCUGCAUGGAGUUUGAGAAACAGAACUCUCAACUACGCCAAGCACUUGCUGAUCUGCAGGGCAAAUCUCUUAGGAUCCAUGAACAAAUGCAAGAUCGGAGGAGUGAAGUUUGUCGUCUGGCUAAAGAGAACAUCAUUCUGAGGCACAAGAUCUCAACAGUAAGAGAGGAGGACUUGAGAGAGAACCAGGAUGACCUGCGAUUACAUCACAUCAAGCAUGGGAAGAGAUCGGUACAAGCUCUUAGGAGACAGCUCUCUGAGCCUCGCCACCUGGGACAGCAGCUAGAGGAGGAGAAUUUUUUAUUACAGCAGAAUGCAGAUCAUGUACUUCGACAUGCGCUCCAGGAAGUGAUACGUCAGCAUGACAGCUCAGCCAAUGAGAAGAAUGGGUUGUGUGAUAGGGAGGAGAUUGUUUCCAGAACAGAAAAGGAACUGCUUAGAUCGGAACUCAAUCGGUGCAUAGAAAAGGUCAUGUCACUGGAUUCAUCUUUACAGACGGUCACUCAGCAGAACGCUCGUCUCAAAUCUGACCUACGCAUCACACAGCAAGAAAGAGAUGCCCUUAAACAGGAAGUGAUUUCUUUGCACAAACAACUGCAAGCUGCCAAUGAGAAGUUGUUGGAGGUUUCCGUUGUGUCUGUUGGUCAGCAACAAGGGAGGCGUGUGUGGGCGGAGCUCUCUGAGCUGAUGGAGGAGGAGCAUGCCUCACUUGCAGAGGAGAACCAGCAACUCAAGCGACAGAUGAGCGAGAUGAGCUCAGAGCUGCAGUCGUCAAAGGAGCAGAUCUGCCAGCUGGAGGCAUUAAGUUUGAAACAGAGAGGACUUGUGAAAACUGCAGAUCAAGAAAAAUCUGCCUUGAAACGUCAAAUGGAGGCUCUGCAUGUACAGCUGCUGUCAACAAGGAACAAGGCUCAGCUGGCUGCAGUCUUGCCUUCAUCUCCUCUACAUUUGCCAGGGGCACAGAGAGGACAGCACCAUAGCGAUGGCCCAGACUUCAACAUUCAGGACGAGCGGGAGGUGGUGCUGUUACAGAUGGAGGAGAGAAUGAGAGAAGUGGAGCUCACGCUCAGAAACCUCAAACUGUUGCUACAGGAGAAAGUCUCUCAGCUGAAAGAACAGUUGAUCAGGAACAGCGAAUCAGAUGUGUUGAUCAAAGACCUGUAUGUGGAGAAUGCUCAGCUGCUCAAAGCCUUGGAUAAGACAGAACAGCGUCAGAAAAUAGCAGAAAAGAAGAACUUCCUCCUAGAGGAGAAAAUUUCCAGCCUCAAUAAGAUCGUCCGUGACCUCGGCCCUUCCCCAAUGACUCCUGCGCCCUACCACUUCACACGCUCCUGAUUUUAAACUGUAUUACACAUGAUUUUAGUCAUACAAGCCAUUCCAGUAUGAUUCCACGUUUAGCAGAAUGUCCGAGCUGCUCUUUAUACAACGUCAAGCACCAAAAAGGACACGAAAUCCAAGUAGUCCAUGUGACUUGUGCACUAUAUUCUAAGUCUCUGAAGCCAUACGAAAGCUUCGUGUAAUGAGCAGACUGAAAUUAAGUUUUAUUUAGGCUACUGAAAAUCUUCCCCUCUGCCAUAGAUCCCAAAUCUCCUUCCCAUUCAUUUUCAUUUCUGGGUGAACUUCUCCUUUAAGUUUUUUAUUGCUUUUAGUCUGGACCUCAAACUUCAACUGGAAGGUGGUCUUAAGGAAUGGUGAAAUUCCUUAGACCUAGAGAAGCUUGUCCAGCAGCUGAGGCCCCCGUGUUCUCACACACACACACACACAGACAGACACACACGUGCACGCAGCCGCCUGUCAUUACAUAGUAUUAUUGAAAUGCAAACAAAGUCAGUGAUUCCCUGCAUCUCAGAGAAGGAAGUUAAAGGGAAAAUGCAUCAGUGUUUCUUUACUGUUUUUUUCUCUUUGUUAUGGUGCAUUUUAUGUCUUUGUGAUUGUUUAGUUAAUAUAAACACUUUUUACUUUUGAAUGUGCACCAAAAAACAUCCCAUAAUGUUACUUUAGUUUUAUUUUUUUAUUUAUUUUGUGUACCUAUUUUUCAUUUAUGAACUGUAAUCGUGUAUUAUGAGCACUGUGAAUAUGAAUAAUACGGAGUACAUUAAAAUAUUUAUGUGGAGUAAAAGAAGCUCGGAGAUGUCAGCCUUGUGGUAACCACUGUGUAAUUUGUGUGUGGAGAGGAAAAUUACUGGUUAUGAUGUUUCAUUCAGACGUCUCUAAAGGAGUACAGUUUACGAGCUUUGAUGCUUUGGGGGGAAAAAUGCAUAGAGAAUUGCAGGCAUUUAAACAUUUUGAAAUUGCUUUGAAAUAUGUGUCCUUAUGUUUUUAGUAUUGUAACAUCCUUAGGUUAAGUAUAAGAUAUGCUUUACCACUAUUUAUG